AUGAUGGCAGAUUACGACAGCGAAUCCUCUGGCGCGGAAGAUGUCGAAACAAAUGUCCUGCUUGGCUAUGCUUCAAAGGAACCCACCAGUGACGAGUUCAGCCAACUCGGCGGACAUCCUACAUGGGUCGAUGGACUUACAGCACCCAAUGGUACCUUUGCAAAGUGUAAAGUGUGCAAUGGUCUAAUGAACCUGUUACUCCAGCUGCAUGGCGAUCUACCCCAGCGCUUCCCUGGUCACGAGCGACGGUUGUAUAUAUGGUCGUGCAGGCGGAAAACUUGCCGACGGAAGGGUGGCAGUGUCAGGGCGCUCCGAGCUGUCAGAAGUAGUGCCAUCGCAGCAGUGUCGAAGCCACCUGCAAAGGUUGAGCAUGAAAUCUCGCCUCCAUCAAAGCCAUCCACAAAUCUGGGUGAGACACUCUUCGGAGUCCAGUCGUCUAGUGGCGCACCAUCGAAUCUAUUCGCAAGCAGUAACGGUUCUGGAUCAAGCGCGAAUCCAUUCGCCCCAGCCUCGGCCAAACCUGUGCCAAAAUCGGACGACACCGAGUCUUUGGCGCAGACCUUCGCAGAGAAGGCACGUAUAACACCUCCAGAACCAGCGCCAUCAAUACAGGCUGUAGCUUUGCCACCUCCAAAUGAGCCUUGGCCCGAUCACGCAGCUUUCCCUGAACCAUAUCCGGCAUAUCAUCUCGAUGCGGACAAGGAGUACCUGGAACCGGAAGUACUGGCAACUCCUGCCAAUGCUCGCCUGGAUGAUACUGCAUCAAACGGCGCCGAAGGCACUAGUACGGCCGACAUGAAGGAUGCAUUUGAGAGCAGCAUGGACAAGACGUUCCAGCGCUUCGCGGAUCGGCUGUCACAAAACCCGGAGCAAGUACUACGCUAUGAGAUCGGAGCUCAACCCGUGCUAUACGCACUCAAGGAUGCAGUCGGAAAGCUGCUUGCCCCAACACAAGAGCAAAAUAAUGCCAAGGUCCGUGUCGCCAGCAGCUCGAAGGGUAGUGCAGGAGCACUGGCGAGAGUACCUAGAUGCACCAAUUGUGGUUCUGCCAGAAUCUUCGAGUUGCAGUUGACGCCGCAUCUUAUUACUGAGCUAGAAGCCGACGAGAUGGGUGUAGAGGGCAUGGAUUGGGGUACCAUCAUCCUCGCUGUGUGCAGCGCAGAUUGUCAGCCCAAGGACAGCAAAAGUGGUGAACUGAGCUACGUCGAGGAAUGGGUAGGAGUGCAGUGGGAAGACUUAGAAGAGAAGCGUAGGCCAUGA